CCCUGCUAUACAUAUGAAGCACAAUUUAAGCCCAAUACAACUGACCAAUCAAAAUUAGUGAAUGCACUGCAUCUCUCUGCAGUGGAGAGAAGCGACAAGGUAGGCUGUCAUUCUGCAAAAGCUGCCCAGAACAGGCUUUCCUCUGAAAAGCAGUGCCAUUCCCUUUCAGAAAGACUGAAUCUAAGUGUUGUCUCUGGAGACAAGAAGCCUUCAGUAUGUUAAAUUACUUUCAUUAUGUAUUUUCAGAUGCUUAUUGAUUCCACAGUAGGAAGAGUGAGAGACUGCAGCAGCCUCCAAGCAGCACUACAUGUUCCAUACAUUAGCAGUACUGCUGAAACAAUGGCAUAGUACAGACACAUAUUUUCAUUAAGGUCUCUUCCGAAGAGGUGUUUAUGACCCUCUUUCCCGGUCCUCUACUAACCAGUGAACAAAAUGAAUCAAUCAAAACUGGAAACGCUUCAACUACAUCAAGAAUCUUUCAAAUCUUUAGCAGAGGGCUCAAAGCAGCAAACUCAGUAUUUACAACUGACAAUAUGAAGAAUGCAUCUGAUCCAUCAUCUCCCUAGCUGUCUGAACCAUAAACUGCAGGAUAUUCUUACAACACAUGAUUUUAAGACAUUAAGGAGUUAAAACUGGAGAAUAGAGGUCUACAUGAUUGCUGGGAUUAUAACACAUCAACAGUAAUAAUCCUAAGAAGAUGCCAUAUAAAAUAGCCACAAAAUGAAAAACAAUUUAACUGAAAAACCCUGAAAACAAAAUGAUGAGCAUUUUUAAAGGAGAAUUUUAUACUACAACAUUACCAGAAUCGUGGAGCCACCAAUUCUUGAAGAAACAAUGAAACGUGGAUUGCCAAAAGAAAUGACAUACAUUAUCAGCAAGCUAAUGAAGCUUUACCAAGUAUUUUUCUGCACUAAAUAUUCAGAUAUUCCUAUCAAUUAAUAUUACUAAAGAAUUUUUCCAUCUGAGUUUUAUGACCAAUUAUGUGUCCUCUUCUAAUGAAAACAAACCAAAUUAAAUAGCAGAUGGUUUUUAUCAAGAGAACAUGGACUGGACUAACAAAGCAAGUUAUGUGACCAAGAAAUCAUUUCAAAGUAAUGAGGACUGCUAUACAAACAGAUUUACAUUUGUAACAAAAGGAUGUCUAAAAACAUUUUAGAAGCUAGAAACUUUAUGUUUCCUUUCUGUUUUCACAUGUUCUGGAAAAUAAAGAAACAUCAUCAUAAACUCUCUCAAAGGGAAACAUAACACCUAUCAUUUGAGGAAGUUUCUCUCCGUUGUGACUUUUUAAGGCAAAACAAACACAAGUAUUUUGUACUGAUCUUUAGAAAUCCUUCAGCCAACUAAAUCUUACAAUUCAUGCAGUUGAAGUACUGAAGAGAAAAAUGAAAGAAUUCCUCCAAGACAUGAAAUAAAACACAGCUACUUCAUGUUGUCAGGUAAAAAAAAAUCAUGUCCAAAUCUGUCAAUGACAUCAUGUUAUCAUUUUGUGGAAAACUGCUAUAGUGAGCCAAAAGGCCCAUAAGGCAACAACAAACAGGGAAAAAACAGCUGCUCCAAAAGAAUGUGUUUUUCUCCCAUUCUGGAAAUCAACAUGCAGUCUGAAUCUAACAUUACAGUGCGAGAUGACAUUGAUGACAUCAACACCAAUAUGUACCAACCACUAUCAUAUCCAUUAAGCUUUCAAGUGUCUCUCACCGGAUUUCUUAUGUUAGAAAUUGUGUUGGGACUUGGCAGCAACCUCACCGUAUUGGUACUUUACUGCAUGAAAUCCAACUUAAUCAACUCUGUCAGUAACAUUAUUACAAUGAAUCUUCAUGUACUUGAUGUAAUCAUUUGUGUGGGAUGUAUUCCUCUAACUAUAGUUAUCCUUCUGCUUUCACUGGAGAGUAACACUGCUCUCAUCUGCUGUUUCCAUGAGGCCUGUGUAUCUUUUGCAAGUGUCUCAACAGCAAUCAACGUUUUCGCUAUCACUUUGGACAGAUACGACAUCUCUGUAAAGCCUGCAAACCGAAUUCUGACAAUGGGCAGAGCUGCAAUGCUAAUGAUAUCCAUUUGGAUUUUUUCGUUUUUCUCUUUCCUGAUUCCCUUUAUUGAGGUAAAUUUUUUCAGCCUUCAAAGUGGAAAUACAUGGGAAAACAAGACACUUUUGUGUGUUAGCACAAAUGAAUACUACACAGAACUGGGAAUGUAUUAUCACCUGCUAGUACAGAUUCCAAUAUUCUUUUUCACUGUCAUAGUGAUGUUAAUCACAUACAGCAAAAUACUUCAGGCUCUCAAUAUUCGAAUAGGCACAAGAUUCUCAACAGGGCAGAAGAAGAAAGCAAGAAAGAAAAAGACAAUUUCUCUAACCACACAACAUGAGACUACAGACAUGUCACAAGGCAGUGCUGGGAGAAACGUAGUCUUUGGUGUUAGAACUUCAGUGUCUGUAAUAAUUGCUCUCCGGCGAGCUAUGAAACGACACCGUGAACGACGAGAAAGGCAGAAAAGAGUCUUCAAAAUGUCUUUAUUGAUUAUUUCUACAUUUCUUCUCUGCUGGACACCAAUUUCUGUUUUAAAUACCACCAUUUUAUGUUUAGGCCCAAGUGACCUUUUAGUAAAAUUAAGGUUGUGUUUUCUAGUCAUGGGUUAUGGAACAACUAUAUUUCACCCUCUAUUAUAUGCAUUUACUAGACAAAAAUUUCAAAAGGUCUUAAAAAGUAAAAUGAAAAAGCGAGUUGUUUCCAUAGUAGAAGCUGAUCCCAUGCCUAAUAAUGCUGUAAUACACAACUCUUGGAUAGAUCCUAAAAGAAACAAAAAAAUCACCUUUGAAGAUAGCGAAAUUAGAGAAAAAUGUUUAGUACCUCAGGUUGUCACAGACUAGGGAAAGUCUAAGUUUCACCAAACCCACAUUCAAAAUUUUUAAAUUGUAAAAAAUGAAUUACUGCCAAAUAUAAGAAAACCAAUUUAAGUAUAGGUUAUGUUAUAAACUUUCAAUGUAAAUGUCAAGAUUAGAUUAGGUCAUAUAUAUUCAAUUUCUUCAUUACUUACUGUAUUUGUUGCAUGGCAGUUUGUUAAGGUAAUAUCAUGUGUAUAUUUUGUCAAUAUUAUGUCCAUCAGAUGAUAUUCAUGUAAGUCAUCUUUUCUAAAGAAUAAAUACAUAGCCUUAAAACACUGUAUAACUUUAAAAUAUAACUGACACAGGUAUCCUUGCAUUUUUUUAUAAAGUGUAUUGUUUCUAAACCACAAACUAUAGAUAUAUUUAUAUGUUAAUAACUGGAAUAGUGUUUUAACGUAGAAACCAAAAUUAUGGGUUCCAAACAAUCAAAACAACCCAGGAUUUUCUAUACUGCUAUAUUAUGUUUUCUAACAUAGUCUACUUGCUAUAAUAUUUGAUGCAUCAAAAAUAAUGACCUAUUUAUGAAACUUUAUCCUUUUUGGAAUGUAGGAAAUUGCAGGAUUUAUCAGGAUUUUAAAAUUCAAAAAGAAAAAAAAACAAACAACUCUGUAUAUGUACAUCAAGACAGGGAAAUUUUUGAAAUUCAA